UAUCUAACGAUCAAAGAUGUUAUAAUUAAUCACGGCAAUGUUUGAGACUAAAGAUGAUCUAGUUAUGCGACAACGUGGCUUACUUUAUUUGAACUCAUUUUUAUUUUAGUUGACCCUAUUUUUGUCGUUUCGCUCUAGUAGUUUCGAUUAUAAGGUUGUUUUCUACAAACAAGUGGAUCAAUAAAGAUUAUCCAAGAUUACAGAACUUGACUGUGGUAAUCACGUGAGGUUUAAAUUGGGCCAAGUCUCUUUGAAAAUGGAUUCAUGUAAGUCAGAUGAAUUAUGGUGUUUUGAAUGCCAGAUACUAAUUCAUCUCUCUCUUUUCUUCCAUAUUUUGUUUAGACGGGUCAUAGCAUCCUUAGCCAUUGCGAUUCGUCUUUUUAUUUCAGGGACAGCUGCCGUCAUUAUAAAUUGGGAGCUGUCCCCGUAAUAAAUUGGGAGGGCCAGGAAUGUUGCAUGUGACAUUUUCUAAUUUUCUGGCUGAAUCCACUAUCAUCGCCUCAGUCUUUGGUCUAUUCACUUCCAGACCGGUAUUGCGACUUUCCACCUCUUGCAGGUCUUGCUCACACAUGUCUUCCAUAGAUAGUUCCAUAGAACCAGAAGAAGUAGAACUAAUUCAUCUAACUUUUUCAAACAUCAGUGGGUCAGCCCGCUCCACACUUUAGGAUUUAGAGCACUUAGGCUAUCGUAUACGUAUCAUAAUUCUAAAAUGUAAUUUAAAUUAACUCAUUUAAACUAAGGUGCACGUGCUGGUUUAACGAACUAAGUCUUGUAUUAGUAUUUAUUUUGGUAGAUAUGGUCUGGAUAAAACGGUAGCACUAUUCAGAGCUAGUGCAUCGACCUGGUAUAACGAAAACACAACCUAUUAAUUCGUGUCGUGAUUUCCGUAACACGGAAAACAGUUGAUACACUGUCUCUCUCUUUCUUCAGAAAAAAAACGUGUUCACAAAAUAUCAUAGAAUAAAUUAGUCCAGCAGUGAAAAUAGUUCUCGUAAGUAGGUAGACAAUGCUUGCUUAUCUAUUAAUACGUUUAGGUAUGUCACAAGAUGUUCUAUUUCUGGAACAUCUAACAAUAACACAGCGAUAAAUAACAUGCAUACAGCUUUCGAGCUUAACGUUUAAGCUACAUAUAAAAGCUGUUGGAAGAUAAUUUGUAUAAGUGAUUAAAUGAGACAAUUGCACCGGUACCCUUGCAGUAUACGAAUGAAUCAUCGUCGGAAAAACUUUUGCUAAGUCACGUAAAAACUUCCUUCCGAGUUUGUGACAAAAGUCAUAUGUGUCUAUUAUUAUCUACUUGCCAUCAUCAAUCAAUCACCUGGGCGGGAGCCGCGGCGAGUGGGCGCGGGGCGGUCGGUGGGCGGCGCGUACCUGUGCGCGCGCUGCUCACCCCGCGCUGCCAGCGCCAGUCUGCGCGCGCGCCUCACUGUGCGACAUCGGCUGUCGCACGGCCGUGAUUUAACGCGCCAUUAUGCCUCUGUUUUCGGAACACAUCGCGAACAUGUAUUACGGUUCAUCAUCUCCUUACACUGGAUUACCCUACAGUUAUAGCAGCAGUUCAGUUUCCCCUUUGGGAUCGUCUUAUAGUGCUUCGUAUCUGAAUCCUGGAAGUAGUUACAGCAAUCAUUCGUCUCUCGGUGGAUACUCUCGUGCACCAAUAUCAUCAAGAUGGAUUACCAGUUCAGGAAGAAACUACUCUCCAAUGCUCACAACUAUUACCGAAAGAGGAUCAGCUAGUCCUGUUAGGAUACAUAGCCCAAGAAGAAUACCUAUUUCAUCUAGAACGUAUGGUACGUCCAACUAUACUCCACGUCCCAUCAAUAUAAACACUGCCGAUAUUGAUGUUUCUAGAGAUAAAUACCGUCACAAAGCGGAACCCACAAAAGAUCCUACACCUCCUAAAGCUGAGCCACAGGAAGUAAAAGAGGAUUCACAUAUUGAUAAUGAAAGUAGUCCGUUUAUGCCUAGAGUCGAUGGUAAACCAGAAACCGGAAUUGAUUCCUCUCCAGGCAUUGAAAGGAGUACCAUUAAACGAGGGAGAACAGUUGUGAGACUUUAUACCAUAAAAAGAAAUUCACCUCGUAAGCCUAAUGAAGAAGCAGCAGCAACAGAGGUCAAACCUGAUCAAGAUGCAGAACAGGAAGCUAAAGAAGAAACCACAACGGACGAAAAGGAUUUCAUGAAAUGGAGAGAAAAGCUUUCUGAUGAUUUGACCUACAAAGAUAAGAAAGAGAAAAAGACCUUGGGUGCCAAGCUUGUAGAAAAAUUUAUAGUGAAAGAUGAAAAAGACUCGGAAAUACCAAGGAAACUGCAAAAGAAAGACAAUUCACAAAGUUUACCCUCCACUCCAGUACCCAAACCAACUUUAGUUGAAAGUGCUAGUUUAGAUCGAAGAUGUUCUAUGGAACUUUUGGCAGAACAAGCCAAUUUAUUAGAUUCGUUAAUUAGAAGUGAAAAUCUUAGUACGGCCACUUUGGAUUUGAGUAAAGUUGGUGUAACUGAAUCAAAAAAUAAUCUCGAAUCUAACAAACGACGAAGAACAGAUAACUUACAAAACUCCCUCAAGACUACAAAAUCUGACCAUUCACUACAUAACACUUUAAAUUCAUUUAAAGAUGUUAGAGAUUCUAGAAAUUUUCCAAAAAGACGUAGCAUUAAAAAGUCAUCGUCCAGCAGUAGUAUACGCAGAUUAGAUUCUAUAACUGAAUUUCCAAAAGAACAGGCAAACGUCGAGUUACCUGCUAUUGAUGAAAGUAAGUUAUUAAUGAAAAAAGAAAGUGCAAAACCAAAACCUAAACUAAAAACAAAAAUUACAUCAUCUGUUGAAGUAAUUGAGUCUCCAAUGAGUCCGCUAAAAUUUAGGGUUGAAAAUGUGACUGUAGAAGAAAAACCACGAACACCAAAGAAGGAAAUCGUAUAUAGCAGUGAAGUAGAAGUAAUACCUCAGACGUCGGAGAUAAAUAAUACUUUAUCAGAUGUAAGUAAAGACAAGAUCAACACAAAGAAUGUACUUGAAUCACCUGAGCCAGAUGAUGGCAAUUUUUGGAAUAAAAUAGGAAAAAGAGAAACUGUUUACUUAGCAAAAAGAAAACAAAACUUAACUGAAGCUAAAGAAAAACAAUUAAGAUCUGUAUUUUGGUUCCCGGAAGAAGAAGAAAAUGAAGGUAAUGAAGAAACCAAAGAUAACAAUUUAAGUGAAACAGUUACAACUCCCAACAGCGACUCAUCUUUGAUCGAUGUAAAUACAAAAGAAAAGGCUACCGAACAAAUUUCAAAGCCACCAAUACCACCAAUAAAAAGUGAAGAAAAUAUAAAAAAUAAAUUACAUGUUGAAUCUAAUAAAGUUCCUUCUAACCAACUUAAAGACGAGCAGAAAGAGUCAAACUUAGAAAGUAAUGCAGAUCUGGAAAUCCAAAGCAAAUCUGAUUCUUUCAAUAAUAAUGUCAUUAAAGAAGAAAUUAAAUUAUCAACUACUUCGGAAAUUAAAGAAGAAAGUUCUAAGCCAGUACAAGAAUCUACUGUAGAAACUAAUGAAAAAUUAUCGGAUAAUUCUAAACUACUUCAUGAACCUAAGAUAGAGAGUAAAGAAACACCAACCAAGAUAGAUUCAUCUGUUAAAAAUAUUGGAAAAAGUGCUUCGCUGGAUGACCUUGAAGAAAAGAAAAUAAAGAAACCCAGUGAAAAGAAAACUAAGUCUGAAAAAUCUAAAAAGUUACCUAAAAAAGAUGCUAAAAAUGAGCUGAAAUCCCUUCAGACUAUAUUACCAAAACCACAAAGCACGAAGACUGAUAUAAAAAUGCUCAAAAAAUCUGAAGAUGCCAAUUUAAAAAGUGAAAUAGACACAGAAGAGAUUAUUUCGACUAAUGCUGCGCAAAAAUCAGUAGAUGAAGAAAUCAAAGUUGAAAUUAAAUCAGUCCAAUUGCCUGUGAAUGAGUCAGCAGAUCAAAAACAAAUAGAUGCAAAAAUAUCUACAAACAAUACCCCAGCAGUCGUAACAGCAAAGGUAGAAACUAAAAUCGUGGAACCAAAUGCUAGCAAAGCAGAGUUAAAAGCAGAUACAGAAAAAGUAUCAGAAUCUGAAAGUAAGGUAGCAUCUGAAAACAGUUCUCAGACAGUAGACCCUAAUUUCUGUGAUACUAAAAGUUCAGAUAUUAAGAUUAACGUUAAAGUUACCCAAGAAAGUUCAUCGAAGGUAACUGAUACUGUAUCAAAAGAUCAGAUUUCUGACAAGUUGCCGGACAUGAAUAAAACUAAAAACAAGGAACCAUCUACAAGUACAGUUCCUUGCACAUGCACGUGUACGUGUUCGAAAAAUUCAGAAAAGGAAAUUAAACCUACAAGUUCAAACAAGAACUUGAGAGCCCCUGCUAAAAGAUCUCCAGAAACUAAGUCACAAGACAUUAAGCCAGUAAAAAGUGAUGUAACUAAGAGUGAUAAGACUGAUGACAAACUUUCGGAAGUAAAUACGACACCUCCGGUAAAUGAAGAAACAUUGACCUUAUCAAGUAGUGAUGCGUCGCUUACACCGGCUAACGUUCCUGAUACACCAAUAGUGUUAGAAUCACGAGACAUUCCAAAAGAAGAGAUUGAAGUGAGAGUACAAACUGAACAAAAGACAGGAGAGGAAAAUAAGGCUGAAAUUCCAAAAAAAGAUGAACAACCAGAAACUUCCGCUCAAGGAGUAGUUACUUUACCAGUUGCGCCAAGAAGGCCAGUGAAAGAAGAAAAAGCGCUAAGACCUUUAAUAGCAACUCCGCGUCCUUUGCAAAAGAAAGCCCCUCAAAUAAUCCAUUCAGACUCGUCGGACUCCUCGUCUGAAGAAGAGUCCUCAGACGAGGAUGACGAAGAUGAAUCGGAAGACAGUGAAGAAUCCGGAGAGUUCUACGAGUGUGAGAACAAUCCAGAUGGAAGGACGUCUACCGGUUCAAAUGAUUCAGGCUUCGAUUCUUCAGCACCUGCGUCACCAGCAACAUUUUCGCAAAUAAAGAAAGGUGGUGAGGCACCUGGGACCUCGUCGAGUGCUACUCCUGCGAGCACCAACAACACCGACAUCUUGGAACAGCAGCUUGAGCAAUCCACUGCGUAUGACAUCUUCAAGAAGACUGGCCGCUUCACUCCUCCGGCACGUACCAUACCUCGCUUCAGGAAGUACACCGUAGAAGACUUCCAAUUUAUCAAGGUCCUGGGCAAAGGCAGUUUUGGAAAAGUACUGUUGGCGGAACUCCGUGACACAGAAUACUACUACGCUGUGAAAUGUUUGAAAAAAGACGUUGUUUUAGAGGACGAUGACGUCGAGUGCACAUUGAUCGAGAGGAAAGUUCUCGCACUUGGCACAAAUCACCCCUACCUCUGCCAUUUAUUUGCUACUUUUCAGACGGAUUCUCACCUGUUCUUCGUAAUGGAGUACCUGAAUGGUGGUGACCUGAUGUUCCACAUUCAGCAGAGUGGGCGCUUCCCUGAACCACGCGCACGUUUCUACGCUGCGGAAAUUGUAUCGGGACUUAAAUUUUUGCACAAGAGAGGCAUUGUUUACAGGGACUUGAAAUUGGACAACAUCCUUCUAGACUUUGAAGGACACGUCCGUAUUGCAGACUUCGGCAUGUGCAAGCUGCAGAUCUACUUGGACAAGACUGCGGAUACAUUCUGCGGCACCCCGGACUAUAUGGCGCCCGAGAUAAUAAAAGGCCUGAAAUACAACCAGACAGUGGACUGGUGGUCGUUUGGCGUACUUCUGUACGAGAUGCUAAUUGGUCAGAGUCCGUUCAGCGGCUGCGACGAGGAUGAGCUGUUCUGGUCCAUCUGCAAUGAGAUGCCGUCCUAUCCACGCUUCCUCUCACAUGAGGCACUUACCAUAUUGACAAGGUUAUUGGACAAGGAUGCGCGGACCAGACUGGGCGGCACUGAGUGCAUGCACGGAGACAUCAGGGACCAGGACUUCUUCCACGCCAUCCACUGGGACAGGCUCGAGAGACGCGAACUGGAGACACCUUUCAGACCACGAGUGAGACAUCCAAUGGACACCCAAUACUUCGACAAAGCGUUCACGGGUGAGCGACCUCGCCUCACCGCGGUAGAACCCCAUGUCCUACGCUCCAUGGACCAAGAACCUUUCAGAGGUUUCUCCUACACCAACCCCAACACGACAGACCGCUAAACUCAACUCUAGUACAUAGAGUGAUGGUUGAAAUUCCCUUAUAUUUAGCAGGCGUAAGCGCAAGACGUUUUCGAGAACGUUCGAUGCGUGAUCAUCGAUGUUGUUAUUGGUGAUUGUAAGUCCCGCUGGACGGUAGUCUUUGGCAGUCGAGAUUUUGUAGUCAUUAACGAGUAACUUAGACCCCAUGGAUAGCGUAGAGCGUAGACAUUUACAUGGUAUGUGUAGAAUCUACUUUUUAUAAGUGGGUCAAGUUAUGUGAGCUGCCUUUUUACCUAAGUGUUGUAAUCUAAAACGAGUCGAUAGACAUACUUAGAAGAUAUCGUAAAUAAAAUCAGUUGAAAUGCAUAUCAAUUAAAUAUGUUAUUGUGUCUGGUACACGCAUUGUAUUGUUAUAUGGAUAGGUGUAAGAUACAGACUGUAACACACACGCUGCGCAUUGAGAUACUAGAAUUUAAAGUUGUUUGAAAACAUGUAUGGAGUCAAAACUAUAACAAAUCUUUUUAUAUUCAGCUUGUGUGUUACACGGCUAUUAUAAUAGUAAAACAAUAUUUUAUAUGUUCACGUAUUCAUGUUUAUUUUAAUAGUACAAUCAAAAUGCAUAAACAUGCAUAGUUAUUUUAUGACAUACUACUUAGACAAUUAAUUCAUAACUUGAAACACUAAUUUAAUCAAUAUGAGAAUCAAAAUUUAUUAAUUAUUAAAUUAUUAUUAAAAUUAAAGUUGAAUUGUUGUUGGCUUAUGUUUAAACUAGUCAAAAUUAUUCAUUUGAAAAUAUUUUAAUUAAGAAAACGAAAUGCCGCAAUAAUUAUGUAAUGUAUAUAAAAUCAACAAAUCUGUGAACUAGUGUUAUGAUUUUUGAAAUCAUUUAAGUACUUAAUUAAAUUAUAUAUAAUAUCGUCCUUACAUAAAUUAUACCAAAGAUAGUUUGUUCGGAAUGUAAAUUGUUUGUUGGAUAAUAAAAUUAUUACAAAUUACAAUAA